GAGAGGAAAGGGAGGGAGCGGCUAUUCAUGCGUCAAUAAAACCCUUCUCCCCCAAAUUUCGCCUCACCAUUCGCCGCGCGCUCUCCCACUCUCUUCUUCCUUCUCGAGGCGGAAGCCGUCGAUCUCUCCCGCUCGAGCGAACGAUCGGCAGGCGAUGGCGAGGGAGUUUUUCGAAAGCGUAGAGGUUUGGCUCCCCGCCGAGUUCCUCUGCGACGAUAUCGUUCAUCGGGGAGCAGAUAGAGGCGGCGCCAGCGGGAAGAUUAGACGCAUCCCUUUUGGCUUCGCCAAGACGGAGGAGAGGAAGGAGGAUGAGGAUCACAUGGCCAGGCUCACGAAGCAGAUGGCUCACCACUUCCUCCAGGACGACGAUCUGGACGCCGCCAUUGAUGCUGCAAACAAAUCGAAGGCGAUGGCCGGAUCAGCUGCGCCGUCUCCGCCGGCGGAGCUGUGGAGGAAGGGGAACGAUCUCGGUGAUUUGCUACACGAGGCCGCAGCGCAGGCAAUGCGACUUCGUCAAAUCGGUUGCCUCCACGACCGUGGAUUUCUGCUCGUGAGCAACGAGUCGUCGCCGCCGACGGCGGCUCCUAAGAAAUCUGUGCUGACGCCGCAAGAACAACUACAAGCUGCUCGUUUCUACCAUUUGAGCCGGCAACUAUCCAUCAAGCAGCAGUUAUCUGCUGCGUGGCAUAAGCAGCAGAAAGCCAACGCCGACGGCGGAUUUUACGGGGAGAACCGGCACUGCCGACCACCGGAUCUUCCGGUUUCCGCUUGGACGCCCUUGAGAAAGCCCCCUCCAUCACUGCUGCCGCUUCCUCCUCCCUCGCUCCCAGGCUCCGGCAUGCGCGCUGCGUUCCUAGGCGCCGCAACUGGUCGAAAGGAGUCCGUCGGCACCGGCGUGUUCAUCCCCCGCACCGCCGGCAACAAGCUCGAGGCGAAGAAAAUCACAGAAUUUUCGACUGUUUUCAUGCCCGAAAAGGUCGCACAAGCAUUGAACCAAAACAUAGUUAACGUCGCUGCUCCAACUCGAUUCACCGGCGGCUUCCUCAACUCGGAUGCUUUUGUCAGGCGAGAAAGCGCCGUCAUGUCACAUCACAGAAAACCUUACCAGAAGCUCAGCACUCCUUCGCCUUCCCCACCAUUCGCACUAGCAGUAGGCGCAGGAGCUCACGAGACGGGCCUUCCUCAGGAGUGGACCUACUGACCUCCGGCCAGUGGUAAAUUGGGUUGAGGUUUUAGAAGACGUUUCAGGAUAUGUAGGAAAUUUAUAUUGUAUUUUUUUUUACGGCGCCGGUGUUUUUCCGGCGACCGGAGGUAAGCCGGAAAGCUCUGCAGGGUAGUGGCGUGCAACCAAAGCCACAGUUUUUGUCGUUUUGUGGUAGAAUAAUUUCAAUAAUUACUUGAAGCAAUG